UAAAAAUUAUAUGGAAAGGAGAAAAAACAGCUCGCCUUCUCAUUGUUCUAAAGAAACAAACAAAUCCACUUCUCUAUCUCGAUCCUAGCCUCCAUCUCCAUUUCUGUCUCUUCCACCUCUUGAUCCUUGCUCGUCGUCCUGAAUUCCCAGGGCGACGAGGAAAAGGAUAACCGUGUAAGAGUACAAGGCCAAAACUAUAACCAAAAUAUCACAACAAAAUGUCAAAAGUACCUUUCCAGCUCUUAGAGCUGACAUUAAUUUCAGCCCAGGAUCUAUCACCGGUUUACAAAAACCUCCGUACUUAUGCAGUUAUAUGGAUCAGCCCGGACCGCAAACUGCGUUCAAAAAUUGAUCAAAGAGGCCACAUUAGCCCCUCGUGGAACGACAAAUUUGUGUUUCGUGUGGAUGAAGAGUUUCUUGAUUCAGAAACAAGCGGAGUCAUGAUUGAGAUAUACACAAUGGGAUGGUUACGAGAUAUUCUUGUAGGAUCUGUACGGGUACUUAUCAGCAAUCUCAUUCCCCCUGCUUUAAGGCAACAAAACAACUCUACUCGCCGCUUUGUUGCUCUUCAGAUUCGCCGUCCUUCUGGCCGGCCUCAAGGCAUUUUAAAUAUGGGCGUUACGCUGCUUGAUAACACCAUGAGAAGCAUGCCUCUGUGUUCUGAAAUUGGGCCUUCUUCGUCGGUUGGAUACCGCGAUUUAAUGGAUGGAAAGGCUUAUAAGAAUGGCCUGGAUAAAAAAGGUGAUAAAGGAAAACAAAUAGUGGUGGCUAAAGGAGAAAAGGAAAAGGAACAGGAACAAGAGAAAGGCAUCAAGUUGUGGCGAUCACGGAGUGAUCGUUCGGAAAUGAACAGCAUAAUGAAUCAGCCAGCGAUGCAGAAACAGAUUGGUGGUGCUGGUGCUGGUGGCUCUGUAGUGAACGGUGGUUCAGCUGUUAAUGGCUCAAUGCUGAACGGUUCAGAGAUUGGUAUGGCUAAGGGCGGAUCGAUGAUAUCGGACGUGGGACCAUCGCCAUCAGUAGUAGCCGCAGCAGUGGCUAGAGGGAUCUACCCUACACAAUUGCCUGUGCCUCAUGAUGCAGGGAGUUCGAUCCUAGGGGAUUGGACAGUGGAGGAUUCGAGUAUCGAAGGACUAAAAUCAAAGAUUGAUAGAUGGAGAAUGGAGGUGCCAUCUGUGUAUAACAAUUACGAAAAUCCUGAUAAUCAGAGAGGAGCCGGAGGGAAGGCUCCAAAGAGGGCGAGGUCAAGGCGGCGUAGUGGUUCAUCAGACGCACGUUUGGUUUCAUGCUUUGGGAGCAUAUGCGGGUGUGAAAUAACAAUAGUUUGCGGAGGUGAUAAGAAGAAGCAUUAUAGGAGUGAGAGUAGCAGGCUUGACUAUGAUUCUGAAUUAAGUCCUUAUUAAUAUUUGUUACCACUAAUUAAGUAUGUAGUGCAUGCACAAAUGUGCAUGUGUUGAAGCUGGUGAUUUUGAAACUUUUGACUGUUACAUAUGUUGUGUCCUCCUGGUUUGGUUUGAAUAGACUGUGUGGAGAAAGAAAUGAAUCUAUUAGUCAUUUUUGUUGACAUUUUAUCUCAGUUUGCAGUUCUGUACUCA